AUGGCCCUACCGGAGGAAGUCUAUGCUUCCGGCGGAAGCAACAUCGUCACUGGUGCUCAACCGAGUUGGAUCCUCCAUUGUUUUCGCCGUUUUUGGGAACGUGUAUCCUAUCGGCGCUUUAGUAUCGUAUUUGGCGGUAUCUACAACGUUACCCUCAACAUAGGCCAGCCAUCAAAGCCAUAUUUUCUUGAUCCUGAUACUGGUGGCGACCUCAUAUGGCUCCAGUGUGACACUCCCUGCGUGCAGUGCAUCGAGGUGAAGAAGGAAUUAACUGGAAGAGAAGCAUUGGAUGACAAGACUCUCCCUCUCUGUUGGAGAGGUCGAAUGCCAUUCCAAAGCCUUCAAGAUGUCAGGAAAUACUUCAAGCCCUUAGCAUUGAGCUUCACCAAUGGUGGGAAAGCUAAAAUUCAGCUUGAACUCCCCCCAGAUGCAUAUUUGAUAAUCUCGAUAAGUCCUGCGUUUAUUCUCUCCAUAGUUCUUUUUCAUUCUCUUUCAGAAUGCUGACGACUAUUACAGAAGCCCGAGGGGAAUGUUUGCUUGGGAAUUCUAGACGGAACAGAAGCAGGGCAGAGUCUGAACAUCAUUAGACGUAAUGGUUGAUACAUCAGGUCAUGGAGCAUUACCCCAGUCUCCAGACAUAAAAUUGAACAUCUCAACACUUAAUUAACAACCCCCUUGGCCUGCUGCGCGGAGGAUGCUUCCAUUUUUUGUUUUCUUUUCUUUUAAAGACAUUUCAAUGCAAGACAAGAUCUAUAACAACGAGAAGCAGUUGAUUGGAUGGGACCCGCUUCCCUACAAACUAGAUCGGCUUCCAACGUCUAAAAGUGUUGCGUAAAAUUCAAACCGGUGCAAUGGGGAUCUUUCCAUUUUUUGCUUUAUGCUUUAUGUUUUUAGUUUACAGAUAUUUCCAUGCAAGAUGAGAUGGGUGAUCUAUGAUAGUAAUGAGUUAAACUUCACAUACAAUUGUGAAUUCGCCUUGGGUAGCAUCAAAGACAUCCUUAAGAGCUAUUGUAUACAAGAAAAUAGUUGAAUUUUGUUUCAUCUC